ACCAACCCACCCACCACACCAUCCAAGGACGACUUGAGGUUGUCGCUUCUUCCCCUUCGCCCCCAACAGAUUCCGUGCUCUCAGCGAUCCAAGGGGAACCCCCAAGGAUGCCGCCGCCGGCGACCAACGCGGCGGACUCGGUCGCGGACGACAAGCCGCUGGUGCUACUGGCGCAGCCGCUGUUCCCGCACUUCGCGGCGGCGCUGGAAGACCGGUACCGCUUCGUCCUGGCCGCGGACGCCGACGCGGCCGCGGCCGCCGAGGCGCGGGUGCUUCUCGUGCCAGGGCUUAAGGUGGUGACCGCCGAGCUCAUCGACAGGCUCCCGGCGCUGGAGCUCGUGGUGGCGACCUCCGUCGGGGUGGACCACGUCGACCUGGACGCGUGCCGCCGCCGCGGGCUCGCCGUCACCAACGCCGGGGGCGCCUUCUCCGUCGACUCGGCCGACUACGCCGUGGGACUCGUUGUCGCCGUGCUGCGCAGGGUCGCCGCCGCCGAGGCGUACCUCCGGCGCGGAAGGUGGGCCACGGACGGCAAGUACCCGCUCGCCACCAAGGUGAGCGGCAAGCGCGUGGGGAUCGUGGGGCUGGGCCGGAUCGGCUCGCUGGUGGCGCGGCGCCUCGCCGCCUUCGGGUGCCCCGUCGCCUACCACUCCCGGUUGCCGAGGCCGUCGUCUCCGUACGCCUUCUUCCCGACGGUGGUCGCGCUGGCGGCGGAGAGCGACGUGCUGGUGCUGUCGUGCGCGCUGACGGAGGAGACGCGGCACAUGGUGAACCGGGAGGUGAUGGAGGCGCUGGGCGGGGGCGGCGUGCUCGUCAACGUCGGCCGCGGCGGGCUGGUGGACGAGCCGGAGCUCGUGCGGUGCCUGCGGGAGGGCAUCAUCGCCGGGGCCGGGCUCGACGUCUACGACAAGGAGCCGGACGUGCCGCCGGAGCUCUUCGCCAUGGAAAACGUCGUGCUGUCCGACCACAGGGCCGUGCUCACGCCGGAGUCCAUGGCCGCGGCGCUGGACAUCGUCUCCGGAAACCUGGAGGCCUUCUUCGCCGGGAGGCCGCUGCUCAGCCCCGUCACGCUCUGAACUCACAUGAUCGGGGCGGCUCCAACUAUAUGGUGCAAAUAAAAUUGCAUUGCCUCUUUCUUGACAGGACGGUUUCUAUGGUUCUUAACUUUGCGUCUGUGGUUCCCCGUUUGAUCAGUGAUGAGGUCCGCCCAUCUUCUUUCUUUCAA